UCACGUUCAGAAGAAGAAGAAGAAGAAGAAAUCCGGCUGCAUCCUCUAGCUAAGAGGUGCUACAUGAGACUUUUGUAAACAUGGCCACAUUCUUUGGUGAGGUUUUAUCAGUGUACUCCAGAGCAGUCGAAGAAGAUGAUUACGAUGACGCGGAGGAGGAAAACGAUGAGGAUUUCCAAAUACGUCGCAAAAUAGAAGAGAAAAGAGAGGUUCAUACCAGGUGGUGUCCAGAGGUUUCAAAAGCAGUAGAGAGCUCUGGAAAGCUCAAGUGUUCUGAUCUGAUUAUAGCAGUAGGACCAAAUGCUGCAGGUUUUGUCUCUGCAUACGUUCUCAGUUCUGAGGACUGGACACAAGUUGGGUGGGUGUCUCUUUGGAACGAAAGGAGUCGCAGUUCCACUCGCCUAGAUACGGCUCCCCUUCCUGGAGAACCAGGCUGUGUUUUCUAUCAGCAGAAGAGCUGUCCAAAUGUUCUUCUCUGCCAGUGUACUUGCUAUAUUGCUGAAGACCAGCAGUUCCAGUGGGCUGAAAAGGUUUUGGGCAGCAUACAGAGCAGAGGACUGACUGUGAAAGUGUUGUGCGAUUCUCCAAUCACCGAGUACAAAACUCCAAGUUACAUGAACGGCAAUUCUGCUCCGUUCCUGCGUGCAUUGAAGACCAGCGCCUUUACAGAUAACCUGCCCUGCCCUCUGCUAGAGCAGCCCAACAUCAUCACAGGGCUUCCUGCUGCUGUGCUCAAUCAGUGUCAGGUUCAGCGCUUACCGGCUGUGCUCUUCCAGUGUUUCAGUGAUGUUAUCCACCCAGACUCAAUCACCAUGGAGAUCUAUAAACUCGCCCUGUCAUGUCUUAGCACACGGGUGAAGCUGGAAACAAGUCCAAAUAUGGAAAUACUGCAGAAAUUAACCACAAUUAAUGAUCCACAAAGCAACCUCUACACCUAGAAGAAGCCCCUCGGAGGUGUACAUUGUUUUUCUGUUUGUUAUGUAUUUUUAUGGCCAUUAAACACGUUGUAAAAACGGGA